AUGACGGUCGUCAUUACUGUGUUAUCCGCGCUGGUCUGCUCUGUCCUGGCCCAGGUGCCUCUCUAUGGUAAAGGGCUCGCCGGAGUUGGUACAUACGGCGUAGGUUUCAACAAUGGACGUAUUGCUAGUGGAGGCUAUGGCUACAAACCAUAUAACAACUAUGGCUAUAACGGAUACGGUUACGGUAAAGGCGUUGGCAACGUUGGUGUUGCUGGCACAGGCAAUGGCUACAACCCAUACAACAAUAACUAUGGUUACAACGGCUACGGCUACGGUAAAGGCGUUGGCAAAUUUGCUGUUGGACAUGGAGCUGGUCUUGCAGGACACGGACCUUUCGUUGCUGGACACGGACCUUUCGUUACUGGACAGGGCCUUUACGAACAUGUUGGCACCAUUUCUGGACAUGGACCUUUCGUUGUCGGAUACGGUGUUGAUGGACACGGUGGACCCUUUGUUGGUCAUGGAGUUGCUGGGUCAUUCGUCGGCAAAGCAAGUCUCUAUUACUACCACUAG